UGUUAUUGGAUACCAUUAACAAUUCCUUGUGCUUCUUCGUGCUGGUCAUCGGUCUUGGCCGUGUUUCUUCUCCUAACAUUUUUUUAUUACACGAACACGAACCAAAACAACAACAAAAACAAAAACAAAAGAGAACCCUAGAUUGUUCUAUUGUCUUCCUGUCCAGGUUUAUCUCUCUCUCUCUCGUUAACGAAAGAAGCAUCUUUCCGAAAUCUCAAUCGAUCAAUUAAUCAGCUCCAAUGGCAGGGAGAAUCAUUGCGCAGCUCAUUGUGAUGGGUUCUGGUAUAUUGGGUCGUGCUUUCUUUCAAGCCUAUCGUCAGGCUCUUGCUAAUGCGUCUAAAACCGGCGUUGCGCAGGAAGCAAUGCAGAACGCAGUACGUAAAGCAGGAAAAUCCAUUACUGAGCAAGAGGCUAGGCAGAUUCUCGGUGUAACCGAGCAGACCUCUUGGGAAGAGAUAGUACAGAAAUACGACAAGCUGUUUGAGAAUAACGCCAAAGCUGGGAGCUUUUACCUUCAAUCGAAAGUUCAUCGAGCCAAAGAAUGUCUUGAAGAGGUGUACAGGAGCAAAAGUACACCGAGUUAAGACUUUUAUCUUUCUUGUUUUUGUCUUUACAGAGCUACAUUUCUUGCUACAGUUUCAGAUGAUGUGUAAAACUUUGAAAGACGGCCGUAGUUUUCUUCACCCAUUGUUUACUAAUAACGAAGAGGGCUUGCUCUGUUCAGUUAAAUCAGUGUCAAAGAACCUCUUUGAAUUAGAUUUUGCGUGUAUGUUGUAUCUUUCACUCUUGUUUCUGUUUCAGACUUGAAACUGAGAUAUUAAUCUACAGUUUGUUUGUUAUGUA